GACCAGCCAGAAACCAGCCAGCAACCGCAGCGUCCGUUUACCUUCGACCAGCAGACCAGCACACAGCAUCCUUCGCCAUGUCAUCCAGUGAGAUCUAUCGCUACUACUACAAGACCUCCGAGGACUUGCAGGGCUUCAAGACGGCGGCCACCGAGCCGUACUUCAACCCCAUGGCCGCCUACAAUCCCGGCGUGGUGAGCCACUACCAAUUCAACUGCAACUCGCUGGCCAGCAGCAGCAACUACCUGUCGGCCAACGGAUUCAUUAGCUUCGAGCAGGCCAGCUCCGAUGGCUGGAUCUCCUCGUCCUCGCCGGCCAGCCACCGGUCCGAGAGUCCCGAGUAUGUGGAUCUCAAUACCAUGUACAAUGGUGGCUGCAACAUGCAACCCCAGCAGCAGCAGUAUGGACUGAUCCUGGAGCAGGGAGUGGUUCCUACAGCAGCAGCAGUUCAAGGACCACCGGCUGUUACCACUCCGCCGGCUGUGGAGGCAAUGGGCUCCUCUAAUGUGGGCACUUGCAAGACUGUGCCCGCUCCAGUUGCUGCCGUCCCUAAACCCAAGCGCUCCUACUCCAAGAAGAACCAGCAAGUGGCGGCCACUUCGCCUGCCUCUACCUCAGCCGCCGCCUCGUCAGAAACCACAGCCACAAUGAACCUCUACACCGACGAGUUCCAGAACUUUGACUUCGACAACUCCGCCCUGUUCGAUGACAGCGUCGAGGACGAUGACGAUCUGAUGCUCUUCGGCAGCGGCGGCGAGGAUUUCGAUGGCAACGAUGGCUCCUUCGACCUGGCCGAUGGAGAGGGUGAUGCCGCCGCAGCGGGUUCCGGCAAGAAGAGGCGUGGCAAGCAGAUCACUCCGGUGGUCAAGCGGAAGCGCCGCCUGGCCGCCAACGCCCGAGAGCGUCGUCGGAUGCAGAACCUCAAUCAGGCCUUCGACCGACUCAGGCAGUACCUUCCCUGCCUGGGCAACGACCGCCAGUUGUCCAAGCACGAGACCCUGCAGAUGGCCCAGACCUACAUCUCUGCCCUGGGGGAUCUGCUGCGAUAAGGAGCCUUGUUUGGAGCCCGCCCAAUGUUGUACCUUUCCUGUAAAUAUAGCUUGGAGCCCAGUAGUGAAUUACCACUUAAGUAUUAUGCCGUUUAUUGUUUAGUUAAUUAGCCUAAAUGGAAGACAAUGAUUACAGUACUAAGGAGGACAAAAUAAAAUUUAAAAUAUUAAAAAUUA